AUGGAUGAAAGUCAAUUUACAGAUAGAGCAUUAGCCAUUAUUACUGGUGCUCAAAAACUUGCUGAAGAACAUGCUCACCCACAAUUACAACCAAUUCAUCUCUUAGCUGCUUUCUGUUCAAGACCUGAAGAUGGUUCUGUUAGUUAUAUCCAAACUUUGCUUGAGAAAGGUCGUUUUGAUUAUCAAGUUUUUGAAAGAAUCGUUAAUAAACAUCUUGUUAGAACUCCAUCACAAAAUCCAGCUCCAUCACAAAUAACUCCAAGCUAUGCUCUUGGUGAAACAUUGAAAAAAGCUACUAAAAUCAAAACUCAACAAAAAGAUAGUUUUGUUGGUCAAGAUCAUCUUUUACAAGCUUUAUUAGAAGAUUCAAAUAUUCAAUCAAUUUUAAAAGAAUCAAGUAUUACUAUUGAAGGUUUAAAACAACAAAUAUUACAAUUAAGAGGUAAUCAAAAAAUUGAUUCAAGAAGUGCUGAUACAAAUCAAGAAUUAGAAUAUUUAACCAAAUAUGCUCUUGAUAUGACUGAACAAGCUAGACAAGGUAAAUUAGAUCCAGUUAUUGGUAGAGAAGAAGAAAUUAGAUCAACAAUAAGAGUCUUAGCAAGAAGAAUCAAAUCAAAUCCUUGUUUAAUUGGUGAACCUGGUAUUGGUAAAACUGCAAUCAUUGAAGGUGUUGCUCAAAGAAUCUUGGAAAAUGAUGUUCCUUCAAUUUUACAAGGUUGUCGUCUUUUCUCAUUAGAUCUUGCUGCUUUAACCGCUGGUGCUAAAUAUAAAGGUGAUUUUGAAGAAAGAUUAAAAGGUGUCUUGAAAGAAAUUGAACAAUCAAAUAUUUUAAUCGUCUUAUUCAUUGAUGAAAUCCAUAUGUUAAUGGGUAAUGGUAAAGAUGAUGCUGCUAAUAUCUUAAAACCUGCUUUGUCAAGAGGUAACUUAAAAGUUAUUGGUGCUACAACAAAUAAUGAAUAUAGACAAAUUGUGGAAAAAGAUGGUGCUUUUGAAAGAAGAUUCCAAAAAAUUGAUGUUAAAGAACCAACUACAAGAGAAACUAUGGCUAUUUUAAGAGGUUUACAACCAAAAUAUGAAAUUCAUCAUGGUGUUAGAAUCUUAGAUUCUGCAAUUGUUAGUGCCGCUCAAUUAGCUAAACGUUAUUUACCUUAUAGAAGAUUACCUGAUUCUGCUUUAGAUCUUGUUGAUAUUUCUUGUGCUGGUGUUGCUGUGGCAAGAGAUUCAAAACCUGAAGAAUUAGAUUCUAAAGAACGUCAAUUACAAUUGAUUCAAGUUGAAAUUAAAGCUCUAGAAAGAGAUCAAGAAGCUGACCCAACAACUAAAGAAAGAUUAGCUCAAGCAAGACAAAGAGAAGCAUCUAUUGAAGAAGAAUUAGUACCAUUAAGAGCUAAAUAUAAUGAAGAACGUAAAGGUCAUGAAGAAUUAACCGCUGCAAAGAGAAAAUUAGAUGAAUUAGAAACUAAAGCUCAAGAUGCUGAACGUCGUCAAGAUAAUGCUACUGCUGCUGAUUUAAGAUAUUUUGCAAUUCCUGAAGUUAAAGAAAGAAUUGAUCAAUUAGAAAAACAAGUUGCUGAGGAAGAAGCUAAAUCUGGUGCUGGCUCAUUAAUUCAAAAUGUUGUUGAUUCUGAUACUAUUGCUGAAACUGCCGCUAGAUUAACUGGUAUUCCUGUUUCAAAAUUAACUCAAUCUGAAAAUGCUAAAUUAAUUUCAAUGGAAAAGGAAUUAUCACAAGAAGUUGUUGGACAAAGUGAAGCUGUUAAAUCUGUUUCAAAUGCUGUUAGAUUAUCAAGAUCAGGUUUAGCAAAUCCAAAUCAACCAGCUUCUUUCUUAUUCUUGGGUCUUUCAGGUUCUGGUAAAACUGAAUUAGCUAAAAAAUUGGCAGGUUUCCUUUUCAAUGAUGAACAAGCCAUGAUUAGAAUUGAUUGUUCUGAAUUAAUGGAAAAACAUUCAGUUUCAAAAUUAUUAGGUACAACUUCAGGUUAUGUUGGUUAUGAAGAAGGUGGGUUAUUAACAAAUCAAUUACAAAGAAAACCAUAUUCAGUUGUAUUAUUUGAUGAAGUUGAAAAAGCUGCACCAGAAGUCUUGACUGUUUUAUUACAAUUAUUAGAUGAUGGUAGAGUUACAUCAGGUCAAGGUAAAACUAUUGAUGCUUCAAAUUCAAUCAUUAUCAUGACUUCUAACUUAGGUUCACAAUUCAUUGUUAGUCAACCACAUUCAAAGAUCACACCAGAAACUAAAGAAUUGGUUAUGACUUCUGUUAGAGGACAUUUUAGACCAGAAUUCAUCAAUAGAAUUUCUUCAAUUGUUGUCUUCAAUAAAUUAUCAAGAAAGGCUAUUCAUAGAAUUGUUUCAAUUAGAUUAAAAGAAAUUCAAAAUCGUUUCCAAGAAAAUGAUAAGAAUUAUAAAUUAGAUGUCAGUCCAGAAGCUAUUGAAUUCCUUGCAAAGAAUGGUUAUACUGAAGAUUUAGGUGCAAGACCAUUAAAUCAUUUGAUUCAAAGAGAAGUUUUAAAUAAAUUAGCUGUCUUGAUUCUUAAAGGUCAAAUCAAAGAUAAAGAAACCAUUAAAGUUAUUCAAAAAGGUGAUGGUUUAUUUGUGGUACCAAAUCAUGAAAUUGAUGAUGAUAGUAUGGAUGUUGAUGUUGAAGACUGGACUGAUUUAGAUGAUGAAGAUGAUAGUUUACCAGAUGAAGCACCAGCUUUAGAUUGA